AUGAAAGGACAUCAACUCAAAUCCUGGAUCUUCGAAUUGAGAGAGAUAUUGAGAGAGAUCAAGAAUUCUCACUAUUUCUUAGAUUCAUGGACAAAAUUGAAUUUAGUGGGAUCUUUCACUCACAUUUUUUUCCACCAAGAACGUUUUAUGAAACUCUUUGACCCCCGAAUUUGGAGUAUCCUACUUUCAUGCGAUUCGCAGAGUUCAACAAGCAAUCGAUAUUUCACGAUCAAAGGUGUAGUACUGCUUGUAGUAGCGGUCCUUAUAUAUCGUAUUAACAAUCGAAAUAUGGUCGAAAGAAAAAAUCUCUAUUUGAUGAGGCUUCUUCCUAUACCUAUGAAUUCCAUUGGGCCCAGAAAUGAUACAUUGGAAGAAUCUUUUUUGUCUUCCAAUAUCAAUAGGUUGAUUGUUUCGCUCCUGUAUCUUCCAAAAGGGAAAAAGAUCUCUGAGAGUUGUUUCAUGGAUCCGAAAGAGAGUACUUGGCUUCUCCCAAUAACUAAAAAGUGUAUCAUGCCUGAAUCUAACUGGGGUUCGCGGUGGUGGAGGAACCGGAUCGGAAAAAAGAGGGAUUCUAGUUGUAAGAUAUCUAAUGAAACAGUAGCUGGAAUUGAGAUCUCAUUCAAAGAGAAAGAUAUCAAAUAUCUGGAGUUUCUUUUUGUAUCCUAUACGGAUACGGAUGAUCCGAUCCGCAAGGACCAUGAUUUGGAAUUGUUUGAUCGUCUUUCUCCGGGGAAGAAGCAAAACAUAAUCAACUUGAAUUCGGGACAGCUAUUCGAAAUCUUAGUGAAACACUUGAUUUGUUAUCUCAUGUCUGCUUUUCGUGAAAAAAGACCAAUUGAAGUGGAGGGUUUCUUCAAACAACAAGGAGCUGAGGCAACUAUUCAAUCAAAUGAUAUUGAGCAUGUUCCCCGUCUCUUCUCGGGAAACAAAAACAAGUGGGGUAUUUCUUUGCAAAAUUGCGCUCAAUUUCAUAUGUGGCAAUUCCACCAGGAUCUCUUCGUUAGUUGGGGGAAGAAUCAGCACGAAUCGGAUUUUUUGAGGAACGUAUCGAGAGAGAAUUUGAUUUGGUUAGGCAGUAUGUGGUUGGUAAACAAGGAUAGGUUUUUUAGCAAGGUACGGAAUGUAUCGUCAAAUAUUCAAUACGAUUCCACAAGAUCUAUUUUCGUUAAAGUAACGGAUUCUAGCCAAUUGAAAGGAUCUUCUGAUCAAUCCAGAGAUCAUUUCAAUUCCAUUAGUAAUGAGGAUUCGGAAUAUCACACAUUGAUACAUCAAACAGAAAUUGAGCAACUAAAAGAAAGAUCGAUUCUUUGGGAUCCUUCCUUUCUUCAAACGGAACGAACAGAGAUAGAAUCAGAUCGAUUCCCGAAAUGCCUUUCUGGAUAUUUCUCAAUGUCCCGGCUAUUCACGGAACGUGAGAAGCAGAUGAAUAAUCAUCUGUUUCCGGAAGAAAUCGAAGAAUUUAUUGGGAAUCCUACAAGAUCAAUUCGUUCUUUUUUCUCUGACAGAUGGUCAGAACUUCAUCUGGGGUCGAAUGCUACUGAGAGGUCCACUAGAGAUCAGAAAUUGUUGAAGAAACAACAAGAUGUUUCUUUUGUCCCUUCCAGGCGAUCGGAAAAUAAAGAAAUGGUUGAUAUAUUCAAGAUAAUUACGUAUUUACAAAAUACCGUCUCAAUUCAUCCUAUUUCAUCAGAUCCGGGAUGUGAUAUGGUUCCGAAGGAUGAACCGGAUAUGGACAGUUCCAAUAAGAUUUCAUUCUUGAACAAAAAUCCAUUUUGUGAUUUAUUCCACCUAUUCCAUGGCCGGAACAAAGGUGGAUACACGUUACACCACGAUUUUGAAUCAGAAGAGAGAUUUCAAGAAAGGGCAGAUCUAUUCACUCUAUCAAUAACCGAGCCCGAUCUGAUGUAUCAUAAGGGAUUUGCCUUUUCUAUUGAUUCCUACGGAUUGGAUCAAAAAAAAUUAUUGAAUGAGGUAUUCAACUCCAGGGAUGAAUCGAAAAAGAAAUCUUUAUUGGUUCUACCUCAUAUUUUUUAUGAAGAGAAUGAAUCUUUUUAUCGAAGGAUCAGAACAAAAUCGGUCCGGAUCUCCUGCAGGAAUGGUUUGGAAGAUCCAAAAAUAGUGGUAUUUGCUAGCAACAACAUAAUGGAGGCAGUCAAUCAAUAUAGAUUGAUCCGAAAUCUGAUUCAAAUCCAAUAUAGCACCUAUGGGUACAUAAGAAAUGUAUCGAAGAGAUUCUUUUUAAUGAAUAGAUCCGAUCGCAACUUCGAAUAUGGAAUUCAAAGGGAUCAAAUAGGAAAUGAUACUCUGAAUCAUAUAACUAUAAUGAAAUAUACGAUCAACCAACAUUUAUCGAAUUUGAAAAAGAGUCAGAAGAAAUGGUUCGAUCCUCUUAUUUCUCGAACCGAGAGAUCCAUGAAUCGGGAUCCUAAUGCAUAUAGAUACAAAUGGUCCAAUGGGAGCAAGAAUUUCCAAGAACAUUUGGAACAUUUCGUUUCUGAACAGAAGAACCGUUUUCAAGUAGUGUUCGAUCGAUUACGUAUUAAUCAACAUUCGAUUGAUUGGUCCGAGGUUAUCGACAAACAAGAUUUGUCUAAGUCACUUCGUUUCUUUUUGUCCAAGUCACUUCUCUUUUUGUCUAAGUCACUUCCUUUUUUCUUUGUGAGUAUCGGGAAUAUCCCCAUUCAUAGGUCCGAGAUCCACAUCUAUGAAUUGAAAGGUCCGAAUGAUCAACUCUGCAAUCAGUUGUUAGAAUCAAUAGGUGUUCAAAUCGUUCAUUUGAACAAAUUGAAACCUUUCUUAUUAGAUGAUCAUGAUACUUCCCAAAGAUCGAAAUUAUUGAUCAAUGGAGGAACAAUAGCACGAUUUUGGUUCAAUAAGAUACCAAAGUGGAUGAUUGACUCAUUCCAUACUAGGAAUAAUCGCGGGAAAUCCUUUGAGAACACGGAUUCCUAUUUCUCAAUGAUAUCCCACGAUCGAGACAAUUGGCUGAAUCCCGUGAAACCCUUUCAUAGGAGUUCAUUGAUAUCUUCUUUUUAUAAAGCAAAUCAACUUCGAUUCUUGAAUAAUCCACAUCACUUCUGGUUCUAUUGUAACAAAAGAUUCCCUUUUUAUGCGGAAAAGACCCGUAUCAAUAAUUAUGAUCUUACAUAUGGACAAUUCCUCAAUAUCUCGUUCAUUCGCAACAAGAUAUUUUCUUUGUGCGUCGGUAAAAAAAAACAUGUUUUUUUGGAGAGAGAUACUAUUUCACCUUCGCCAAUUGAGUCACAGGUAUCUGACAUAUUCAUACCUAACGAUUUUCCACAAAGUGGUGACGAAACGUAUAACUUGUACAAAUCUUUCCAUUUUCCAACUCGAUCCGAUCCAUUCGUUCGUAGAGCUAUUUACUCGAUCGCAGACAUUUCUGGAACACCUCUGACAGAGGAACAAAGAGUCAAUUUUGAAGGAACUUAUUGUCAGCCUCUUUCAGAUCUGAAUCUAUCUGAUUCAGAAGGGAAGAACUUGCAUCAGUAUCUCAGUUUCAAUUCAAACAUGGGUUUGAUUCACACUCCAUGUUCUGAGAAAUAUUUACCAUCCGGAAAGAGGAAAAAACGGAAUCUUUGUCUAAAUAAAUGCGUUGAGAAACGGCAGAUGUAUAGAACCUUUCAACGAGAUAGUGCUUUUUCAAAUAUCUCAAAAUGGAAUCUGUUCCAAACAUAUAUGCCAUGGUUCCUUACUUCGACAGGGUGCAAAUAUAUAAAUUUCAUCCUUUUAGAUACUUUUUCAGACCCAUUGCCGAUACUAAGUAGCAGUCACAAAUUUGUAUCCAUUUUUCAUGAUAUUAUGCAUGGAUCGGCAUGGUCAAUUCCUCAGAAAAAAUUGCGGGCGAUUCUUCCACAAUGGAAUCUGAUAAGUGAGAUUUCGAGUAAAUGUUUACAGAAUCUUCUUCUGUCCGAAGAAAUGAUUCAUCGAAAUAAUGAGUCACCCGUUCCAUUGAUAUGGACACAUCUGAGAUCACCAAAUCCUCGAGAGUUCUUCUAUUCAAGCCUUUUCCUUCUUCUUGUUGCUGGAUAUCUCGUUCGUACACAUCUUCUCUUUGUUUCCCGAGUCUCUAGUGAGUUACAUACAGAGUUAGAAAAGAUCAAAUCUUUGAUGAUUCCAUCAUACAUGAUGGAGUUGCGAAAACUUCUGGAUAGUUAUCCUCCACCUGAACUGAAUUCUUUCUGGUUAAAGAAUCUCUUUCUAGUUGCUCUGGAACAAUUAGGAGAUUCUCCGGAAGAAAUACGGGGUUCUGAUUCUGGCGGCAACAUGCUAUUGGGUGGCGGUCCCGCUUAUGGGGUCAAAUCAAUACGUUCUAAGAAGAAAGAUUUGAAUAUCAAUCUCAUCGAUAUCAUCGAUCUCAUAAGUAUCAUACCAAAUCCCGUCAAUCCAAUCACUUUUUCGAUAAAUACGAGACGUUUAAGUCGUACGAGUAAAGAGAUCUAUUCAUUGAUAAGAAAAAGAAAAAACGUGAACAGCGAUUGGAUUGAUGGGAAAAUAGAAUCCUGGGUCGCGAACAGUGAUUUGAUUGAUGAUGAAGAAAGAGAAUUCUUGGUUCAGUUCUCCGCCUUAACGACAGAAAAAAGGAUUGAUCAAAUUCUAUGGAGUCUGACUCAUAGUGAUCCUUUCUCAAAGAAUGACUCUGGUUAUCAAAUGAUUGAACAACCGGGAUCAAUUUACUUACGAUACUUAGUUGACAUUCAUAAAAAGUAUCUAAUGAAUUCUGAGUUCAAUAGAUCCUGUUUAGCAGAAAGACGAAUAUUCCUUGCUCAUUAUCAGACAAUCACUUAUUCACAAACCUCGUGUGGGGCUAAUAGUUCUCAUUUCCCAUCUCAUGGAAAACCCUUUUCGCUCCGCUUAGACCUAUCCCCUUCUAGGGGUAUUUUAGUGAUAGGUUCUAUAGGAACUGGACGAUCCUAUUUGGUCAAAUACCUAGCGACAAACUCCUACCUUCCUUCCAUUACGGUAUCUCCGAACAAGUUCCUGGAUGACAAGCCUAAAGGUUAUCUUAUUGAUGAUAUUGAUGAUAGUGACGAUAUCGAUCUUGAUGAUAGUAAUAGUAUUGAUGAUAGUGACGAUGUCGAUAUUGGUGAUAGUGAUGAUAUCGAUAUUGAUGAUGACCUUGAUGCGGAGCUGCUAACUAUGACGAAUGUGCUAACUAUGUAUAUGACGCCGAAAAUGGACCGGUUUGAUAUCACCCCUCAAUUAGAAUUAGCAAAAGCAAUGUCUCCUUGCAUAAUAUGGAUUCCAAACAUUCAUGAUCUGUAUGUGAAUGAGUCGAAUUACUUAUCCCUCGGUCUAUUAGUGAACCAUCUCUCCAGAGAUUGUGAAAGAUGUUCCACUAGAAAUAUUCUUGUUAUUGCUUCGACUCAUAUUCCCCAAAAAGUGGAUCCCGCUCUAAUAGCUCCGAAUAAAUCAAAUACAUGCAUUAAGAUACGAAGGCUUCUUAUUCCACAACAACGAAAGCACUUUUUCAUUCUUUCAUAUACUAGGGGAUUCCACUUGGAAAAGAAGAUGUUCCAUACUAACGGAUUCGGGUCCAUAACCAUGGGUUCCAAUGCACGAGAUCUUGUAGCACUUACCAAUGAGGCCCUAUCAAUUAGUAUUACACAGAAGAAAUCAAUUAUAGACACUAAUACAAUUAGAUCAGCUCUUCAUAGACAAACUUGGGAUUUGCGAUCCCAGGUAAGAUCCGUUCAGGAUCAUGGGAUCCUUUUCUAUCAGAUAGGAAGGUCCUUUGCACAAAAUGUACUUCUAAGUAAUUGCUCCAUAGAUCCUAUAUCUACCUAUAUGAAGAAGAAAUCAUGUAAGGAAGGGGAUUCUUAUUUGUACAAAUGGUACUUCGAACUUGGAACGAGCAUAAAGAAAUUAACGACACUUCUUUAUCUUUUGAGUUGUUCUGCCGGAUCGGUCGCUCAAGAUCUUUGGUCUCCACCCGGACCCGAUGAAAAAAAUUGGAUCACUUCUUAUGGAUUCGUUGAGAAUGAUUCUGAUCUAGUUCAUGGCCUAUUAGAAGGCGCUCUGGUGGGAUCCUCACGGACAGAAAAAGAUUGCAGUCAGUUUGAUAAUGAUCGAGUGACAUUGCUUCUUCGGUCCGAACCAAGGAAUCCGUUAGAUAUGAUGCAAAAUGGAUCUUGUUCUAUCGUUGAUCAGAGAUUUCUAUAUGAAAAAUACGAAUCGGAGUUUGAAGAAGGGGAAGGAGAAGGAACCCUCGACCCGCAACAGAUAGAGGAGGAUUUAUUCAAUCACAUAGUUUGGGCUCCUAGAAUAUGGCGCCCUUGUGGCAAUCUAUUUGAUUGUAUCGAAAGGCCCAAUGAAUCGAGAUUUCCCUAUCGGUCCAGGUCAUUUCGGGGCAAGCAGAUCAUUUCUCAUAAAGAGGAUGAGCUUCAAGAGAAUGAUUUGGAGUUCUUGCAGAGUGGAACCAUGCAGUACCAGACACGAGAUAGAUCCUCCAAAGAACAAGGGUUUUUUCAAAUAAGCCAAUUCAUUUGGGACCCCGCAGAUCCAUUCUUUUUCCUAUUCAAAGAUCAGCCCUUUGUCUCUGUGUUUGCACGUCGAGAAUUCUUUGCAGAUGAAGAGAUGUCAAAGGGGCUUAUUACUUCCCAAACACAUUCUCCUACAUCUAUAUAUGAACGCUGGUUGAUCAAGAAUACGCAAGAAAAGCACUUCGAAUUGUUGAUUCAUCGCCAGAGAUGGCUUAGCACCAAUAGUUCAUUAUCUAAUGGAUCUUUCCGUUCUAAUACGCCAUCCGAGAGUUAUCAGUAUUUAUCAAAUCUGUUCCUAUCUAACGGAACGCUAUUGGAUCAAAUGGCAAAGACAUUGUUGAGAAAGAGAUGGCUUUUCCCGGAUGAAAUGAAACAUUUGAUUCAUGUAACAGGAGAAAGAUUUCCCAUUCCUUAG